AUGCUGUUGCUACUCUUCUUCAUAGGAACUGUCUUGGGUGAAGGGACGUACGAGGCCGGAUGUUACUUGGAAGGCAAUGAGUAUAUAGUCGAGUCACCAAUUGACACUGCAAAGACGUACCUUGCGACGGGUACAUUUAAAGACACACUUUUUCAGCACGGCUGGGGGUUUUUGCGAAUCAACUCAGCACAGUCAACCUCGCUCGAUAUGGAUAAACAAAUAGCGAAGUGUGCGGGAAUGGUCGAAGGCUAUUUGACUGCGGGGAAUAUUCGAGAUAGUAUGGCGAAUCAACGCGCACAAAAUAUAGUCGAAGAGUGGGACGAUGUCACAUUACAAUACAUCAAUAGAAACAUUGCUUACAACAAGAAAAUAGUCGAAGACCAAUCAUUGAAUGACCCAUGGGCGAGAGCACUUGGACUGGUCCUUGCACAAACAUUUGGAGUGAGAGAAGGCGCUUUGAGAAAACUUCCCGUCCUCCCAUUGACUGAGACGGACAUCUUUAUUUUGAACUCAGACGGCGAUUUGGGAGAUUUACAGAACAUCGCGGCUCACUGCUUGUGGCCAGAAAUGAAAGGAUUCCACCAUGGUAAUCACACAAGAUUCCCAGACAAGUGGUAUGAGUUGCACAGUCACUGCACUGGUCUGAUUAAGUUGUUGCCGGAUUAUUCCGACUUGUUUGUAGCACAAGAUACAUGGUCGUCACCAACUACUAUGAACAGAAUCAUGAAGGAUUAUCACAUGAAAUACUUUGACAAAGCUAUUGGAGAGAAAAGCAUCAAGUUCAGUAGUUAUCCGGGUGUCACACACUCGUUGGACGACUUCUGGUUGUUGAGCAAUGGACUCUCUGUCAUUGAAACGACGAUGCACUGCUGGAAUCAAGACCAGUUUGAGAAGUGCACUCCGGAGUCUGUGUUAACUUGGAUUCGUGUCCAAGUAGCAAAUUGGUUAUCUUCUAAAGAAGGAAGUGGCGUCCAAUGGGCGAAAAACUUCAUUCGAGAGAAUUCA